GCGGAGCGGAGCGGACGGGCUGCUGCGGCGGGACUGAGAAGCGCGUUUUGUUUAGUUUAAUUUCAUCUUCAGCUUCUUUUGAUCUCUGAUUUUAUUCUCAAUCGCUUUAAACAGUCUUUCUCUUCACCAGACAGGCCGGACAGCUGUGGUUGUGAGUACGGUUUAGGUUUCCUCUUCCAGAUGUGUUGAGAAACUUCACAAGAAUGAACCGAAUGUCUGAUAUUCCGUAUGAAAAGAUGGCGGAUGUGGAGAGUAGUAACGUGGAGUCUCACCUGAAACCUCAGAAGUAUUACAGGUGUUUGCUGAUCGUUACCUGUCUCUCCACGGUGCUGCUGGUGCUGUUUGUCCUUCAAACUCUCCUGGUUCCCACUGCUACCUCCUCAUCCGGGCUGAAGGUGCACCUGUCCAUCAGAGACACCUGCACUGACCCCUGCAGAAUAGUGUUGGUGGAGAGCAUUCCGGAGGGUUUGGAGUUUAACUCCUCUGCCACCCAUCCCUCCAUCUAUCAGACCUGGCUCAACCUCAUCUCAGACGCUCAGAGCAGCCUGGACAUCGCCUCCUUCUACUGGACUCUAACCAACAAGGACACAGGCACGCAUGAGCCCACAGCCGAUCAGGGAGAGAGGAUUCUUCAAGAGCUCGCUCAGCUUUCGCAGAGAAUAUCCGUGCGAAUCGCUGUGAACAAGCAGGACUCGCAAACCCAAAAUGAUCUGCAGCUCCUCAUCGACUCAGGUGCUGAUGUGAGGACGGUGAACAUGCGCCAAUUAACCUCCGGUGUGCUGCACACAAAGUUCUGGGUGGUGGAUAAGAAGCACAUUUACAUUGGCAGUGCUAACAUGGACUGGAGGUCAUUAACACAGGUGAAGGAGCUUGGAGCAGCGGUGUAUGACUGCAGCUGCCUGGCCAGUGACCUGGGCAAAAUAUUUGAAGCCUAUUGGUUCCUGGGUCAGAGUAAGACCAUCCCCGCCCCCUGGCCCAGCCAGUACGCCACAGCCUACAACAAGGAUACACCCAUGCAGCUGUCGCUCAACGGCACGGACUCCGGGGUCUACCUGUCGAGUUCUCCCCCAUCUCUGUGUGCCGAGGGUAGGACUUCUGACCUUCAGUCCAUUCUGAGUGUAAUUAAUGAUGCCCAGAAGUUUGUCUACAUCGCCGUGAUGAACUACCUGCCCACCAUGGAGUUCUCCACGCCGAAAAAGUACUGGGCUGAUAUUGACACAGCGCUGAGGCGGGUGGCGUUCGAGCGGAGGGUUCGUGUGCGUUUGCUGAUCAGCUGUUGGAGCAGCUCCUCUCCGGUCAUGUUCCCUUUCCUCCGCUCGCUCGCCUCAGUACAUGACACCAAGAGCAAACUGGACAUCGAGGUGAAAAUCUUCAUUGUUCCUGUCAGUCCGAGUCAAAAGGAAAUUCCCUUUGCUCGAGUGAACCACAACAAGUACAUGGUGACUGACAAGGUUGCUUACAUAGGAACGUCUAACUGGUCUGGGGAUUAUUUUGUGAACACGGCCGGUUCUGCACUGGUGGUGAAUCAGACUUCGGACCAGUUUGUGGUUCUGACGGUCCAGCAGCAGCUCCAGGCCGUGUUUGAGAGAGACUGGGAUUCUUCUUACAGCACUUGGCUCAACCAUGACACCAACGUCAAGGACAUAUGCAGGAUCCUGCCCAGCCAGCAGGAGGAGCUGUAGACAGUAGUUUCGUCAUGACCAGUCGGCCUUGUGGCUACUCAGUGUCCGUUUCCUGCCCGAUUUGUAGCGCACAUGCAUUUGGUACAUAUUUACACGCACUACCCGGUCCAUACUGCACGCCAGAGCAUUCACAGAUCCAUAAUGAGAGGAUAGGCUCCCCAACACUACAUCUGUAAUUUGAACUCUUUCAUGCUGGAUAAGCAUGUUCUGUUACCUGCUGUGGAUAAAACAUCUCUCUUUAAGGUUUAUUUAUCUUCCUGAGGGGUUUUACCUUUAGCAUGGUAGCAUUUGAGGAUGUUCUCAUGACUCUGGGGAUACACCUCAUCUUCCUGCACUCUAAGCUGAAAGCCUUUUCACCCAGAGCCUGUUUACAUGUCGCAUUAACAAGUGUUCCAUGUCAGGAUCGUAUCUGGAUAAACUUUGUCCUUUUACGUUUUUUUAAAUCAUCCUCAGUGUGACCAGAGGAGAUCCGACUGGGGCUCCUAGUUUUCCCAUCCAUCUAAGCGCUGUCCUCAGGAGAUUGUGGAUCGAUCCCUGAUGAUGCUACAGUCGUCUGUGGCCGGGAGUCUAAGAGGGCACAGCUUUGAAACUUUAAAAAUAAGAUUUAUCACAGUCAGCCUCUGGAAAUUAAGCAGUACAAUGCCACUUUUAAUAAAUUGUUCCACCCUGUGUCAGCUUAGCCGCGCCUACUCACACUGAAGUUAUAAGGGGUGUUUCAGGCCAGACUGCUCUGUGAAUGAAGCGCAGUACAGUGCAGCCAAUCAAAGCAGAGCUCAUUUACAUAUAACAGUCUUAAAGGCACCGUAUAAAACAGCCUGUUUAACUGUGAGGGAUAAAGAGGCUGGAAAAAGAUUGUGUAGAAAUGAAUAUGGCUGUUCUCGGUGCUUAAUCAGUCAAAAUGGACCCUCGCGAGAGAGCAACAUGUAGGAUUGGAUCAUUUCACACUAAAAAGAUGUCUACAAUUUGCAAAUAGUAGAGCGAGUCUAAUGAAAUGAAUCAAUCUGCACUAGUGUGAUGCUACCUUGGAGAGUAUGUGCAUGGUCUCCCAGGACAACAGCAGCAGGCCGGGCCGAAAUAAAUAGUAGCUGGCUGAAUAAA